GAACUUUACCAGCAUCACCACCACGACAUUCACUCAGACGAGAACGAUCACCAGCUCCACCAUUACCACCAUGACGACAUUGGAUCCCAUCCGGCAACAAGAGUUGCGGGCGAUGACCACGCCUGUGCCAGAUCCUCCUCUGCAUCCAGGCACGUGCGAAUUGAUUCCUUUCCUGCCGACAUUGCUCCUGGCCACCUCUGCGCUGGGCCCUGGGGCGGUGCUACUCUUCUUCCUCGCUAGGGCCUUUUCCUCAUUGCUGGGUCUGUUGGCUGGGGCCCUGGCAGCUGCAUCUGCCUGUGGUCUUGGUGCCAUCGCCGUCUUCAUGGCAGGCAUCCUCAGCUUUCGUGGGCUGUUUAGCGCCACAGGACCACAAUUUGUCGUGGGUGGCAUGGUCUUUGCCGGUGGCAGUGCAGUCCUUGCAGUCUUCAACUCCGUGAAAGCUUUGACCCCCGCCCCUCAACGGCAAGUCGCCCUGGGUGGAGAAAUUGAGGA